GGAGUAGGCUUGUUCUCCUCUCCGGUUUUAGAUCUUGUUUGGCCGCCGACAUGUUGAAAACCACUGAGAGGUCGUGCGGAUGGAUGAGACCGAAAACACUAGCGUGAGGAGGGAAUGACCUUAGAAAAGUCGCCCACCUCCGACAUUUCCGUUCCUUUCUCAAACAUUUUGUUGUCAUUUACUGAGAACCACGCAGUCCAUGGAGUCUGUGGAUACCCAGUAUUUGUUGAAUUGAACCUAAAGGUGCAGACGCAUCCCGUUUGGCUGGUUGCAGGUUUUCUCUUAGUCUUUUGUCUAAGAACAUACCAAAUAUCACAUCUUUUCACCAGUGUAGAUUACUUCAUACCACAUUGUCAAGGAAAGGACUGGAAGAAUUUUUUGAUGACCCAAAGAAUUGGGGGGAAGAAAAAGUAAAAUCUGGAGCUUCAUGGACCUGUCAGCAGUUAAGGAAUAAAAGUAAUGAAGAUUUACAUAAACUUUGGUAUGUCCUACUGAAAGAAAGAAACAUGCUCCUGACUCUAGAACAGGAGGCCAAGCGGCAGAAAUUGCCAAUGCCAAGUCCGGAGCGGUUAGAAAAGGUAGUAGAUUCCAUGGAUGCAAUAGAUAAGGUUGUCCAGGAAAGAGAAGAUGCCCUAAGACUUCUUCAGACUGGUCAAGAAAAAGGCAGACCUGGUGCUUGGAGAAGAGACAUCUUUGGAAGAAUCAUCUGGCACAAAUUCAAGCAGUGGCCUAUACCUUGGUACCUAAAUAAAAGAUACAAUAGGAAACGAUUCUUUGCAAUGCCCUAUGUGGAACGUUUUGUCAGAUUGAGACUUGAGAAACAAGCCCGGAUUGAAGCAAGAAAGAAAAGCUUAGAGAAAAAGAAAGAAAAAUUUCUUCAGAAAAAGUUUCCACAUCUUUCUGAAGCCCAGAAGUCAAGUCUUGUCUAAAUGUCUGAAUUCUUAAGUUGGCAUUUUGUUUUCCCUUGAUAAGUCUAUAUACAAACGUAAAUGUGUAUUACAUAAUUUUACAAAGAAAUUGUGUUUUUAAUCAAAUAAAUGUCAGCUCUUUGAAGGGUUAACAUGG